AUGCUGCGAUUACAUGGUGGUGGACGGGGCGAGGAUUAUCGUGGAGAUGUCCAAACCGCCCAACAGAAGCGAGGCCUCCCACAGCCGCUGGGUCACCUGCGGGCAGCACGGGCAUCUCUCCAAAAAUUACCUGCAGAAGCACAAGUACUCGCAACUCACAUGCAUCUUACUCCCCCUCUUCCUCAUUCAUUUCCCCCCACAGCCCAACAGAGGCGAGCCCUCCAACCCACCGCCGCUGCUUCCCCUGCGGGCAGCACAGGCAUCUGUCUAAAGAUUUUCUGCAGGAGCACAAGUACUCGCAACGCACAUGCAUCCUACUCCCCCUCUUUCUCAUCCAUGGCACAAGCACUGUCCCAACCACCCUGCCAUGCCGCCGCCAACGCCUGGCAGGGUUCCAUCUGGGUCUGGGACCAACCAGCCCACCACUCCACUGCGCUGCUUCACCUGCGGGCAGGAGGGGCAUCGCUCCACGGAUUGCCCACAAGCGGCCACAGCUCACAUGCUUACUAUCCGUCUUUCUAUCCAUCACCUCUCCCCCCACAGACCAACCAGCCCACCACUCCAUUGCGCUGCUUCGCCUGCGGGCAGGAAGGCCAUCGCUCCACGGAUUGCCCGGACAGGCAGAGGCAGCAUCACUCGCAGGUGGUGUGCUUCGGGUGCAAGCAGCCCGGCCAUCUGCACAAGCACUGCCCCCACCGCCCUGCCAUGCUGCCUCCCACGCCUGAGGGGGUGCCGUCUGGGUCUGGAGUGAUAUCUGAUUCUGCUGCCGCUGGGAUGCCUGAGGCGGCAGCAAGUGGAGUCAAGUGCUUCGGGUGCAAUGCAUCUGGACAUGUGCUCAAGGACUGCCCACAGAUUGCUGUCGCUGGCGCGGCACAAGUGAAGCGACCUGUUAACCUUGCCACUGCUUCCUUGCCCACACUCGCCGCACUCCCCUGUUUCCACUCCUCUGCUUCCACUCCUCCAUGCGGGUGUGUGGGCGCAGGUGUGGGCGCAGGCCACACGAAAGCACUUGCCACUUGCAUAGAUUACCUAUCCCAUGCUUUGCCCACUCCAUCCUCAUCUCUCUCCCCUACCUUCUGCCCUUCCCCUCCUCUUUCCAUGCAUUUCUCUCCUACUGCCUGCCUGUUUUUUUUUUUUUCUGGUCCCCUGCCUUCUGUUCCCUCUGGUGCAUGUAAAUUGGGGGUGUAUGGGCAGGGUGGUAUGGCUGUGUCAAUCAUUCAGCAGGCUCCUGGUGCUCCUGCUGCUGCUGGUUCUGUUGGUGCUGGUGCUGGUGGUGGUGCUGCUGCUGCUGCUGGUGGUGCUGGUGCUGGUACAAUGGGUGCUGUUGUGUCGGUCCCUGGCUUUCCCCUAGGCACCGUUGCUCCUCCUCCUGCUCCUGCUCCUGUUGCUCCUGCUGUUACUGCUCCUGCUGGUGGUGGUUCUGCUGUGUAUGGUGCUGCUGGUUCUGGUGGUUACGGUGGUGGUGGUGUUUCUGGUCCUGGCAUGCAAGGCAGUGGAAUGGGUAGGGGCAUGCAAGACAGUGGAAUGGGUGGGGGCAAUAUACCAGGGAGUGCAGAUGGAUUAGGAGGAGUGGUGAGCAGUGGCGGGAUGGGCGGAGGAAUGGCAGGAGGAAUGGCAGGAGGAAUGGCAGGAGGAAUUGGGGGAAGAAUCGGUGGAGGGAUGGAGGGAGGGACGGUGGGAGGAAUGGGGGCAGGAAUGGCAGGAGGUUUAGGAGGUGGGGUUGGAGGAGGAAUGGGGGGUGGAGGAGCAAUGGGAGGGGGAGGAGCAGGAGACGUGGUGUAUGUGGCUAUCCCAGCGGCAGCAGCAGCAGCUGCGGCAGCGAGGGGCGAGCAGCUUAUUCUAGUGAGUGCUAGUGAUGGCCGGCUGGUGGGGCAGGAUGGGGUGACGCUGCCGCAGGGCGGGGGGAUGCAGCAGGGGGUAAUGCAGCAGGGGGGGAUGCAGGGGGGGGGGAUGCAGGGGGGGGUGCAGGGGAUGCAGCAGGGGGGGAUGCAGCAGGGGGGGAUGCAGCAGGGGGGGAUGCAGCAUGGGGGGAUGCAGCAUGGGGGGGUGCAAGGGGGAGGUCAGGGGAUGCAGCAGGGGAGGAUUCAGGGGAUGCAGCAGGGAGGGGUGCAGGGGGUGGGAUUGCAGCAGGGGGGGCAGCAGGGGAUGCAGCAGGGGGGGCAGCAGGGUGGGCAGCAGGGGGGAAUGCAGCAGGGGGGGCAGCAGGCGUUGCAGCAGCAAGGGGGGAUGUCCCUGCAAGCAGAGACAGGGGGGCAGCAAAUAUUUGUUGUGGGACAGGAUGGGAUGUUGACUCAGCAAGCUGUAAGAGUUUCCGGGCAGCCUGUGGGGCAGCAGCAGCCACGGCAGCAGCAGCAGGCGGGAAUUUCAGGUGAAAUGUCAGGUGUUUUGCAGCAGUAUGAGCCUGUUCAGGUGUACAGUGGAGUAGGAGGGUCCUAUAUCACCACUCCUGCUGGGGGAAGCAUGGAGGGCGCUCGAUCGCAAGGCUCCUAUGGCACUGUUGCAAAUACACCUGGACCUGGGGGGUAUGGUGCGAGUGCACCCUACAGUGGUGGUGCUACUACUGGUGGCUCGUCCCUCUCUACUCCCCCUUGGCUUGCCGCUGCUCCUGUUUCUACUCCCAAUGGUCCUCCCCUUCCCCCCGGACCUCCUCCCACUUACGACACGAGGAUCGACACAAGGGGUGCGUCUGCAGGAGGGGGGUUAUCAGCCCAGCCGUACGCUGCUGCGCGCCGAGCCGCAGCGACCCGAGUCGCAGCGCGGCGCCAAGGCGCUUCACAUCGAGGCUUCAUGGGGUCCGUGCUGGGUCGCAUCGAGGUCGAGACGCCGCGAUUCACGGUGGAGGAGAAGACGGAUGCAUUCGAGAUUCGACGAUACCCUCCGCAGAUGGCGGCGGAGGUGACUUACGACGGCGACCACUUUCAGCGUGUUGGCUCCAGAAGCGGCUUCUUUGCCCUGGCAGGCUACAUCGGGGUGUUGGAAGUGGUAACACCUGUCGCUGGAGAAACGGGCGCUGGUGAAGCAACGACAGCAGCGAGCAAAACGAUGAUGCAGUUUCUCCUACCAGCGUCGUUCACGCCUGAAAACACCCCCAUUCCCACCAACCCAGACGUGCGCGUGCGACAGGUUCCUGCGCGCCUGAUCGGUGCACUCACUUUCUCGGGUCUCACGACGAAUGCUGUGCUGGAGCAGAAGUCUCAGGAGCUGCGGAGUGCGUUGGAGAAAGCAGGGUAUGGUAUUGCGGGCGAGUAUGUGCUCGCACGUUACAACGACCCGUUCACGAUUCCAUGGUUUCGCACAAACGAGAUUCUUUACCCGUUAGAAGAGGUUCGGAAAGCAAGUGGUUCUUAA